UAUAUUUGCUCCAAUAAAGAAUAAUAGUAUUAAUUUUCUUUUAGUCAUUGAUAACUAGACUAGAUAAGAAUUCACUGCAAAAAUAUUGACAUCAGAACAAAUGUGCUGUUGACCACCCAUUAAAAAGAAGUCAAAUAAUCUGAACGGCCUACUCAAAUACUAAAAAUUUCUUGAUCUGAUAAAUUUCAUCGAUAAUGUUGAUUCAAGAUUACUAAUAAUUACUCUUUGAUUACAUUCAGCAAUAAAUAAUCUCAAAGGAAUCAGGUCACAAGAAAGUAUUUGGAGCAACAACAAUUGGAUGUUGAUAGAUUUUGGAGUUAUUUAAAAUUCGAAAUUAAAAUUUAAAUAUAGAUGGCAGUAAUUGUCCAGAAACGUGGCCUUGUGUGAAUUAAAUGUCAUCUUGAGUAAACAAAAGAUCCAAUAAGAUGGACAUAGAUAAAGUUAUGUAAUUGUAUAAUUGAAAUAAACCAUAGUAAUAUAUACUUCCUAUUGAAUAAUAGUUUCAUAGAGAGAUAUUGUUAGAGUAUCAACUUUAUUUAAUCUAAGACUCUUUAAGAUCGUUUUAGAAGAUAUAAAACUCAACACAUAAUAAUUAAAUCUCAGCUAUAUUUUUUAUCUAAUUGUUAUUUAAUUAGUAAGAAAUUAACUUCCAUAUUUGUUGUACAUGAUGGAAAAUUUUAAUUUGGAUGAUGUUCUUGAAAAAUAUUUACCGGAAGAAAAACUUCAAAAAGUAAAGCAGCUUAUAUAUGGAAAUGAAUUGAGACCUAUUGAUCAAGUAUUUUAUGAAGAUGAUAAUUUCGAAGUCAAGGGUUAUGAUUUUUCAAAGUGUGCAAUUAUUGAAACAUCUAAUCCACCGCGAGAGGUUAGAAUAGGAUUGAUUCAACAUUCAAUAGUGUCCCCCACUGACUUACCAGUGAAUGACCAAAGACAUGCAAUUCAUUGUAAAAUAGAAAAAUACAUAAAACUUGCGGCAAAGUUUGCAGUUAAAAUACUGUGUCUUCAAGAAGCAUGGACAAUGCCAUUUGCAUUUUGUACCCGAGAAAAGUACCCUUGGGUAGAAUUUGCUGAAGAUGCUGAAUUAGGGCCGACGACUAAAUUAUUAUCUUCACUAGCACAUGAACAUAAAAUGGUGAUUAUUUCACCAAUUUUAGAAAGAGACAGUGUUCACGGUGAUACACUGUGGAAUACUUGUGUUGUUAUUGAUGAUGAUGGAUCUGUAUUAGGGAAACAUAGGAAAAAUCAUAUUCCACGAGUUGGUGAUUUUAAUGAAUCUACAUAUUACAUGGAAGGAAAUACCGGUCAUCCAGUUUUUCAAACUAGUUAUGGGCGUAUCGCUAUUAACAUUUGUUACGGACGUCAUCACCCUCUUAAUUGGAUGAUGUUUGGUAUAAAUGGUGCUGAAAUUGUUUUUAAUCCGUCUGCAACAGUCGGGUCAUUAUCUGAACCGUUGUGGCCAAUCGAAGCAAGAUGUGCUGCAAUUUCUAAUAGCUACUACACGUGUGCAAUUAAUCGUGUAGGAACUGAACAUUUUCCUCAUGAAUUUACAUCAGGUGAUGGAAAGCCAGCACAUAAAGAUUUCGGACAUUUUUAUGGCUCUAGCUAUAUAACAGCACCGGAUGGUACUCGAACUCCUGGAUUAAGUAGACAUAAAGAUGGAUUAUUAAUAGCAGAUAUUGAUCUUAAUGUUUGCCGUCAAACGAAAGACAGAUGGGGAUUUCAAAUGACUCAACGGUUAGAAAUGUAUGCAAAAAAAUUCAAUGAAGCUGUAAAGCUUAAUUUUGAACCAGAAAUUAUCAAACGAAAAAAAGAUUAAGAUAUCUAUUUUAUACAAGAAAUAUUAUUUUUUAUAUAUGUUUAUGAAAGAUAUUUUUAAAAAAUAUAUUCCUUUAUCAUUUUUAUUUCAACGU